AAAAUUUGACAGCUUGACCAGAACCUGUCUGUUUCCUAUCCGCUGGAAGUUUCUAGUCCAACAUCCUCAGCAUCCGCUCGUUUAACUCGCCCAGUUUCAUUUAAUUUUAAACAAUUGAUUAACGUAGAUUGAAAUUAGUAAUGGCGGUCUACAAAUUAGUGUUAAUUCGCCACGGCGAGAGCAACUGGAAUCAGGAGAAUCGCUUCUGCGGCUGGUUCGAUGCAGACUUGAGCGACACCGGGGAAAAGGAGGCGAAGAGAGGAGGACAGGCCCUGAAAGAUUCUGGCUUUGAGUUUGACAUUUGCUACACCUCUGUGCUGAAGCGGGCUAUAAGGACACUGUGGCUCGUCUUGGACAGCAUUGACCAGAUGUGGGUGCCUGUGCAUCGGACCUGGCGGCUAAAUGAGCGCCACUAUGGAGGCUUGACGGGAUUGAACAAGGCCGAGACUGCUGCCAAACACGGAGAGGCUCAAGUGAAGAUUUGGAGGCGCUCGUUCGAUAUCCCUCCUCCUUCCAUGGGCCCAGACCAUGACUACUACACUAUCAUCAGCAAGGACCGUCGCUAUGCAGACUUGACUGAGGACCAGCUGCCAUCCUGUGAAAGCCUGAAGGACACUAUUGCACGAGCACUCCCCUUCUGGAACGAGGAGAUUGCCCCUCAGAUUAAACAGGGAAAGCGGGUGCUAAUUGCUGCUCAUGGAAACAGUCUGAGGGGGAUUGUCAAGCACCUGGAAGGAAUGUCAGACGAAGCCAUCAUGGAACUGAACCUACCUACAGGCAUCCCAAUCCUCUAUGAGCUUGACAAGAACCUGAAGCCAGUGAAGCAAAUGCAGUUCCUGGGAGAUGAGGAGACUGUACGCAAAGCCAUGGAGGCCGUUGCUGCUCAGGGAAAGGCCAAGAAGUGAAGAGAGGACAAACAAACAAAACAGAGAAGCCCCCUUCGUGUAUGAUGGCAUAGGUUGUCCCAAAUAGUUGGCCUCAGAUUUUUGUCGUUCCUAUAUCCUAAUUGAUUUUGGGUCAUAAAACUAAGCAGGAUUUGCUGUCGGUUGUUGUCAAAAGCAACCUUGCUAUAUAUAUUACACUAUGGGAGUCACUGCUCUCAGGAGAUUGUAAAUUAUCAGGGACAAGAAAAAUACAUUAAUCUUAAAAGCCUUCACAAAGCAAGCAUUUGAACUGAAAUUUAUUGAACUUCUAAUAAAGGGAGUAACACAAGUCUUAGUCAGUAGUGUUCCAGGCUGAAUGGAAAAUGAAAGAGCUGAAAUCCUAACUCACAAGCUUACAAUGCAAUUUACACCAAAAGAGAAGAUGCUUCACUGCCUGUGCUUACAGUAUACUUCUUUUUGUGCACUGAUGUUGAUAAAGAUGAGCCCUAAACACCAUUAUUUUGUGGAUGGUUUAAGAUAUUGUAAUACUGUAUGUUGUUAUUCAUUAAUUAGAAUAAUAUUUACACUAUGUAGAAUUAUUUUUAAUGCAGAAAUUCUUUGAAAUCAAAGGGAAUUCAUUUUGCAGUCUCUUGAGAGCAGACUGGGACAUGUGGAACACGUAAAAGAAAAUUUUGUCUUUGAAUGGAAACUGUGCUGUCGUCCUCUAUGUGCCUGUCUGUGUUGUGCCCCUACAUUUGUAUUUUUUGUCUCGUUUUGAAUGGUGCCAUGUACAACUUCACUCAUUCUUGCAGUGUAUAAGUUAACAUUUCAUUCCUCUUAAUAAGGCCCUCCAGUUUUAAUGUUACCAACAACAUGUAAAAUGUCUGUAGUUAACCACAGUCUUUGGGUGUUUGACCAUCUUUGACCUGCUGUAUUUAUGUGCCUCCUGUGGAAUAUCCUAUGAAAGUUUUGAUGUUUCUCUUUUUCAAAUAUCAUGCAUUAUGUGUUGGGUAAAUGUGCCCCAAAAGUUCUGCCUGAAUAAAUGUACGAUUAUGGGUA